AUGUCGUCUGAAAUCAUGGCGGCCUACUGGCAGGCGCCACCAAUGGCUAGGACAUUGGCGACGGCCAUUCUCGUUACUUCCAUCAUGGCCUACUUCGGGCCGUUGCCGAUCAGCUGGAUCUACUUCGAUGAGAGCAGACUCUUCAAACUGCCGCCUGAGAUAUGGCGUCUUGUUACAUCUUUCCUGCUCAGCUCUCCGCAGCUGGGCAUUGUGUUGGAUCCGUACUUUGGUAAGCAACCCUUCCUCGAAGAAAACUUCGUGGUCAACAAGGAUGCUAACCAGAAUCGCAGCCUAUCUGUACUUGAGCCAACUUGA